GACAUGUUUAGGCACAGCGAGAUUCGUUUCGAGUCAUUCCCGAACUUCCUAGUUGUUGCUGGUUUUAAACUACAUACAGUGUUUUCGUUUGCGGAGCGCGGGUUAACUAGCAUCGUAUUAUUAGCAUGUUGACUGAACCGUGAGUUGCGCGUGCCGCCUAUGCUGCUUUCAUUUCAUAAAUAUAAGUACUUUUUUUUUAAUUAUUAUUAUUAUUUUUAUCGCCUCGAAUGGGCGUUGUUGUAAUACUACUCGAAAGCCUGCAUAUAAUGUGAACGUCGUAAUGAGUGGAAAACUCUCAAUGUGUGUGUGACUCGUUCAGAAUCGACUCACUCGUGACUCAUUCCUGUAGCUAUAGAUUCAUAAUUUUCGAGCUUAUUCAAAAUCAUUGAGGCGGGCUUGUUUGCAGUGUCGAACAGUGAGAGGAGUAUGCUAAUUUCCUGCACUUCCUCUCUGUCUAAAUCAAUGCCUUUUAUAGGCAGGACUGCCUUUUAGAGUUGCGCCUGCCUUCUGUCACUCAUCAACCUGUUCUUCUUACAUAAAGUAUAGCCUGCAGCACUGAUCCUCCAGCAGCAACCCGGAACAUGGAGACGCAGCUCCUCUUCACCAGGAGCAGCUGAGUUCGCCUCCGUUCACCGCUCUUUUUGCUGUUGUUGUUGCUGUUGUUUGUUGUUGUUGAAGGUUUCUGAUUGGACGGCAUGGGGAAUCUGAUCAAGGUUCUGACGAGGGACAUCGACAACAAUGCGGGGAACUUUUUCCUGGACUUUGAAAAUGCUCAGCCCACUGACGCAGAGAGAGAGUUAUGGGAACAGGUGAACAAGGUACUGACGGAGGCUGUGAGUGUUUUACAGGAUCUGCAGGCCUACAGUGGAGCAGGAGAAUCCAUUAGACAGGCCAUCCAGCAGCCGAGUAAUGAAAGUGUGCAGGAGAAAGCCUGGACCGCCGUGGUGCCGCUGGUGGGCAAGCUAAAGAAGUUUUACGAGUUCUCUCUAAAGCUGGAAGGUGCUCUGCACGGCCUGCUGGGAUUCCUAACGAGUGCGCACUGCAGCCCCACGCAGCACUUGGAGCAAGAGCAGGCUCUGGCACGCCAGUUCGCAGAGAUCCUCCACUUCACCCUGCGCUUCGAUGAGCUCAAGAUGACUAAUCCAGCCAUUCAGAACGACUUCAGCUACUACCGCCGGACCCUGAGCCGCAUGCGAAUCAACAACUUGGCAACAGAGGAAGAGAACGAGGUAAACAACGAACUGGCCAAUCGCAUGUCUCUGUUCUACGCCAAUGCUACACCGAUGCUGAAAACAUUGAGUGACGCCACGACGAAGUUUGUAUCCGAGAAUUCAGACGUACCCAUAGAAAACACGACAGACUGCCUAAGUACGAUGGCGUGCGUGUGUAAAGUCAUGUUAGACACACCGGAGUACCGUAGCCGUUUCGCGAGUGAAGACACAGUGUUAUUCUGCCUUCGUGUGAUGGUGGGAGUCAUCAUCCUCUACGACUACGUUCAUCCGGCCGGAGCGUUCGUCAAGUCCUCGAAAAUCGACAUGAAAGGAUGCAUCAAAGUCCUGCGGGAUCAGCCGCUUAACAGAGUAGAAGGUCUCCUUAACGCGCUCAGGUACACGACAAAACAUUUGAACGACGAGACUACCUCCAAGCAAAUCAAAAACAUGUUACAAGUCUGACCGCGGCCACAGGACGGUACUUUUUGGAACGUAACGAGGAUUUCGACCCUCUUCUGACGAGACUGCUUUGUAGUGGGAGUUUUUAUAAUAAUAAGACAGGAUGGUCAGGUGGCAGCUACCGGGAGACACCGCUGUACGGCGGUCUUAACGCAAGUCGGAAAAGGAGCUCCUCUACUGCGUGUGUGUUUGUUUGGGGUUUUUUUUAAAAAUUGUUUUACUGGCCCUGUGUAUUUUUUUUUUUUUAACGGUUGGCAGAGUUCCAAGGUAGAAACAAAAGAUCUUUUUAAUGUGAUUUCACUGUUAAAUGAUGUUUGUUUUGACAUUUGAUGAUUCUUUUUAACAAAAUAAAGACGCUGUUUAAAUCC